GUAACCCACACACUCUUCUCAGAGUGUGUGUCUCACCAGCAAGGAUGACCGAGGGACUCUGGGCUGUACAGUGUGUGUGAGGGUUUUUUUUGUGUGUGUGGUUGUGUGUGUGUGUUUGUCAGAGAAGUGAGGCGUGCGUGUGUCUGCCUCAAGGGGCUCAGGGCAGGACAACCACAGAGAGCGUCGGCUGAUAGGACUCUCAGAAUACAGAUGGUGUGAGCAGUCGGGGGAAAAGUUUUUUACAGCAGCUCAUCUGAUCUGAUCUGAGCUCCGGCUCCGGUGAAUCUCCUCAGCACGUUCUGACAGUCCGUUCAACGGAGCAGCAACCUCAUCUGUCCUGCCUCUGAUAUAUAUAUAUUUUUUAUAUUUUUUGUUGCUGUUGACUCACUGUGUGUCACAGGAUUGGAUACAAUAACGUGCAUCACCGUGCUUCACAGCGGAGGAUUCGACAAAGCUGCAGAUUAGAAAGGUGAACGUCGCUGGGAUGGACGACCAGCGUGUGUCACUCAGCAGUCCCCAGCAUAGCGCAGGUGCAGCCGGCGCAGACCGGCAGCGGCCGGGUCGACCCAGCGUCGUCAGGUGCGGGUGGCUCAGGAAGCAGGGGGGGUUUGUGAAGACCUGGCACAGCCGCUGGUUUGUGCUGCGAGGAGAUCAGCUGUACUACUACAAGGACGAAGAGGAGACCAAAGCCCUGGGAACUAUUUCCUUACCCGGAAACAAAGUUUUGGAGCAUCCCACAAGCGGCGAUGAAGGGGGGAAAUUUCUUUUCGAGGUCAUUCCAGGGGGAGACAGAGAGCGGAUGACAGCCAAUCAUGAGACCUACCUUCUUAUGGCCAGCACCCAGAAUGACAUGGAGGAUUGGGUGAAGACUAUUCGAAGGGUCAUAUGGGCACCGUUUGGUGGAGGGAUCUUUGGCCAGAAGUUGGAAGAGACGGUGCGAUAUGAACGCCGCUACGGGAACAAGCUCGCUCCAAUGUUGGUAGAGCAGUGUGUGGAUUUUAUCCGGCAGUGGGGUCUUCAGGAGGAGGGUCUGUUCCGACUGCCUGGACAGGCCAACCUGGUCAAAGAGCUGCAGGACGCCUUUGACUGCGGAGAAAAGCCUUCAUUUGACUGUAACACAGAUGUGCACACAGUGGCUUCUCUCCUGAAGCUCUAUCUCAGAGAGCUACCUGAGCCCGUCGUCCCCUUUCACAAGUACGACGACUUCCUGGCUACUGCCAAGAUCCUGGGCAAAGAUGAUGAAAUGGGUUUAAAGGAGUUGAGAAGACUCUUGGAAAGUCUACCUCCAGUCAACUACAACCUGCUCAAGUACAUCUGCAGGUUUCUAGAUGAAGUGCAGUCAUAUUCCGGAGUGAACAAAAUGAGUGUUCAGAACUUGGCCACUGUGUUUGGGCCAAAUAUCUUAAGGCCAAAGAUUGAGGAUCCAGUAGCCAUAAUGGAAGGUACAGUUUUAGUCCAGCAGCUCAUGGCCAUCUUGAUCGACCACCAUGAUGUGUUGUUCCCUUGUAACGAAGACACCCCCACGGCCCUCGAGCUGGUCAACAACAACAUCGAACCAACACGGCGACAAACCGCUGCAACUACCUCCACCCUCAAAACGGUGUCGCAGAACGCCGAGAACAACAACACACAGGUGGUCCGGCAGUGUGUGUGGGACAACCCCGAGUCUCCCUCUCGAUGCCAGCACGUAGACAACACCGGCUCCCCGCGCUCGUCCAGCCCACUGAAUGGCGUCAUGGGACGUUUUGACAUUACCCGCAGCCCACCACUGACUGUUAAAAAGAACCCCGCCUUCAGUAAAGGCAGUGGAAUUGUUACAAACGGCUCGUUCAGCUCCUCGCCCUCCUCCGACCCCAUUCAGGACAAGAUGCAGGCUCUGAGUGGAGGAGGAAGCUUACCGAUUCGGCGCAGUGGGGCUCUGAAAGGCUCCGGAACGAAAAUGGGCACCAGUGGCGUCACCACAGGAAUUGGCAGCGGAGGGAACGGAGUUGUCCGUAUGGGAAUCUCAGGCACCGAUGUGGUCACGGGGAGUUUAAACGGCCGCAACGGCAUCUGGGCACAAAACGGCUGCGUCACGUUACGGGUGAACAACAAAUCGAGGGACUGCCCCAACGGGGAUCAAACGACCAACCAGAACCGUCUGUCCACGUAUGACAAUGUCCACCUAAAUCAACACAACCUGCAGAUGCAGAACCAGAUCACGAACGCCUGUCUGAACAACAGCUGCGAGGACAAACAAAGCGUAGACAGCGCCACGUGGUCCACGUCUUCAUGUGAAAUCUCACUUCCCGACAACUCCACCUCCUGUCGCUCCUCCACCACGACCUGCCCAGAGCAGGACUUCUACGGAGGGCACUUUGAGGACUUGGAUGGACCAACACUGGACAAUGAACCUCCUCAGUCUGCUGGAGCGGAGGUGGAGGGCCGAAGUAGCAACAAGGAAGCGGGCGGAGUCGGCACAGGGAGAAGCAGCCGAGGAACCAGCAGCAGUGACAAUAGUGAAGGUUUCAGUGCUGCCAACGGGCCCGGGAGCCACAGCGCUCUGCACAGCUUGGUGGCAAGUCUGAAACAGGAGAUGAACAAGCAGAAGACGGAGUACGAGGCCAGGAUAAGAAGCUUGGAGCAGCGCAACCUUGAGCUGGAGUCAGAAAUGGUGAACCUCCACGAGGAGCUGGACCAGGAGAGGAAGAAAUACACCAUGGCAGAGAUCAAGCUGCGCAACGCCGAGCGCGCCAAGGACGACGCCGAGCGGCGAAAUCAGAUGCUUCAGAAAGAGAUGGAACAGUUUUUCUCCACGUUCAGCGACCUCACCGCGACCGGCGGAACGACAGCGGCCGACCCACGGCGGUCGGAUCGCAACAACGCCAUCUGGAUACAGUGAAGGAUGAUGGGGGACGUUGGUCGAAGAGGAGGGAAGACCAGAAACGAAUGUGAAUGUGAAAUGUGAACGAUGCAGGCUUCAAACGGGAUUUGGCCUGCAUUUAUAAAGACAAAGGUCGGAAGUCACGUUAGAGAAGUUUUAAUUUAAGAAGUAUACUAUGAGUAUUAGUAUACGCAUCACCUGGAGUGAUGUCAGGGUGACUUUACCUGUAAAUACAGUAAUAUUUAAAUUGUUUGUUUUUCCUUCGACCUGCUCCAAAAAAGCUCACCGUGGUACGUCUUUACCUGAAGGUGCUCCACAGUCUGUGGUGAAAAAGUGACCUACGUUAUCAUAAAGCAGCUCCAAAAGCCAGACAAGAAGGAAGGACGAGCAUUUAAAAAGUCUCUGUAAAGCAAAACAAAAAA